AUGACCCACUUCAACAAGGGCCCUUCCUACGGGCUCUCUGCCGAGGUCAAGAACAAGAUCGCUUCCAAGUAUGAUCAUCAGGCAGAAGAAGAUCUUCGAAACUGGAUAGAAGAGGUGACAGGCAUGAGCAUUGGCACCAACUUUCAGCUGGGCUUAAAAGAUGGCAUAAUCCUCUGCGAACUCAUAAACAAGCUACAGCCGGGCUCAGUGAAGAAGGUUAAUGAGUCCUCGUUAAACUGGCCUCAGUUGGAGAAUAUUGGCAACUUUAUUAAGGCUAUUCAAGCUUAUGGCAUGAAGCCACAUGACAUAUUUGAAGCGAACGAUCUUUUUGAGAAUGGAAACAUGACCCAGGUUCAGACUACACUGGUGGCUCUGGCAGGUCUGGCUAAAACAAAAGGAUUCCAUACAACCAUUGACAUCGGAGUUAAGUAUGCAGAAAAACAAACAAGACGUUUUGAUGAAGGAAAAUUAAAAGCUGGCCAGAGUGUAAUUGGUUUGCAGAUGGGAACCAACAAGUGCGCCAGCCAGGCAGGUAUGACGGCCUAUGGGACCAGGAGGCAUCUUUAUGAUCCCAAAAUGCAAACUGACAAACCUUUUGACCAGACCACAAUUAGUCUGCAGAUGGGCACCAACAAAGGAGCCAGCCAGGCGGGAAUGUUAGCACCAGGUACCAGAAGAGACAUCUACGAUCAGAAGCUAACAUUACAACCGGUGGACAACUCGACAAUUUCUCUACAGAUGGGAACCAACAAAGUUGCUUCCCAGAAAGGAAUGAGUGUGUAUGGGCUUGGGCGGCAAGUAUAUGAUCCGAAAUACUGUGCCGCUCCCACAGAACCUGUCAUUCACAAUGGAAGCCAAGGAACGGGAACAAAUGGGUCUGAAAUUAGCGAUAGUGAUUAUCAGGCAGAAUACCCAGAUGAAUAUCAUGGAGAGUACCAAGAUGACUACCCCAGAGAUUACCAAUAUGGCGACCAAGGCAUUGAUUAUUAGAUUUACACAGAGGAGCUCAGUAUUUAGCCCGUUUUUAUUCAGUGAGAACCAAGCUAGCCUUGAGUAAUUUUUAUCUUGUCUUCCUAAAACACUAUUAUGCUUAUUGUACCUAAAAGAAAUAUUGCCUUACGUACAUUCCCUUUUCCUUUUUCUGCCUCUUCCCUAAAUAGUUCCCUUUUAGUGCUGUAACAGUUAAAUCCUACAGCAGAAGCAAUAACUCACAUAUGAAGUAAAAAGGAAUACUGUGAAAGGGGAGUACUCUUGUACAGCCAAUUCUCU